UAGAGUAUUGCUCUAGAUAAUUCAGUGUCUAUCUAGUUUGCAGUGAUAAUGAACGUGUCUGUUCGCUUGCUUUUGAUUUUGGCACUCAAUCACCUUUUGGUGGAUUGCCAGAGUCCUUUGACGUUUAAGCUGAACGAUGGCAAUGAGAUACCUACGAUAGCCCUUGGGACCAGUUUGGGUCAUCUCGCCGAUGGUACACGGGUGCUGCCAGUGAACCACAGUCUGGCCCAGGCCGUACAAUGGGCGCUAGAAGCCGGCUAUCGACAUAUCGACACCGCCGCCCUUUACCGCGUCGAGGACGAGGUCGGCCUCGGCGUUAGAAACUUUAUCGACAACAAUAAUGGUAGCAGUAGAGAAGAUGUGUACAUCACUACAAAGUUGUGGAACGACGCCCACGAGCGGCACGAGGUGUUGCCGGCCUUGAAGAAGUCUCUGGAAGAACUGCAGAUGGACUAUGUGGAUUUAUACUUGGUCCAUUACCCUAUGGCGUAUACAAAAAACGGCUCAAUUAGCGACACGGAUUACCUGGAAACAUGGAAGGGAAUAGAAGAUCUCAAAGCCAAGAACCUGACGAGGUCUAUAGGAGUAUCCAACUUCAACUUGACACAGAUGCAAAGGCUUUGGGAUAACUCGAAAAUUAAGCCCGCAGUUCUACAAAUAGAGGUGAACCCAACGAUAACUCAAGAUGAGCUGGUAGACUGGUGUCGCAACCACAGCGUGGUGGUGAUGGGGUACAGUCCGUUCGGCAGCGUGCUCGGCCGAAAGAAGGAUGGGCCGGAGCCACGAGCCAACCAUCCCACGUUGACAGCACUUGGGAGCAAAUAUGGAAAAACCGUGCCGCAAAUUUUGCUUAGAUAUUUGUUGGACCGUGAAAUAGUAGCGAUACCUCGAUCAACGAACAUAAACCGUAUUCACCAAAAUUUUGACAUUUUGGACUUCAAGCUGACCCCAGAAGAAGUUCAACAGCUAUCGGCGUUCAACAGUAAUUACCGGCUUAGAACUCCAGCGAAAUGGUACAACCAUCCAGAGUUCCCGUUCGAGAAGAAAAACCUCACAGCAGAAGAAAUUCAAUAUGUUAUAGAACAUAGCAAAGAAGAUUGAUUUAAUUUUAGAAGUUUUUUUUUAUUCGUAGUUCUUUUAAAGUACUAUGCUUUUCUUAAUUUUAUAAAGGCGGUCGAUGUCACCCACGCUAGUGGAUUCCACGAAAAUUGAACAAAAGACAUGUUGCAGAAUAAAAACAUUUGUUGUAUUCUGUU